GCUAGUGUACAGUUAAUGGUGUUAUCUUUUUUCAGCCAUCAAAUCUUCAAAGUGACCAUAAAAAACCAGAACCAUGUCCUACUCCUCAAAGACCUGGAAGAAGCUUUCGGACUAGACGUAUGGUCGGAAGCCACUGUGGACCACCCUGGUACAGUCAUGGUGUCGAGAGCCAGAAGCCAGAUGUUCCAGGACCUUAUGGCUGAUGAAGGGAUACUAGCUGAGCUGGAGGUGGAAAAUGUGAAGGAUUUACUGGAUUUAGAAGAUAAAUUAAUAAUAAAUGCGGCAAGCAAGAACCGUACAUCUACCAGGGCCUCUGCUUCUGGGUUGCCUUUGAAUAAUGUCUACCGAUAUGAUGAGAUUAACGCAUAUUUGGAAGAACUGGCCAGAGCAUAUCCUAACAUUGUUACUUUAGUCAACGCUGGCAAGAGCUUCGAGGGUCGAGACAUCAAGUACAUAAAGAUAUCUACGACAAACUUUCAGGACACCAGCAAACCGAUAGUGUACAUGGAAUCUUUGCUACACGCCCGUGAGUGGAUCACGCAGUCAGCUACACUUUACGCGAUACAGAAGCUUGUUAUAGACGUCACCGAGCAAGACCUGCUGCAGGACAUUGACUGGAUUAUCCUGCCUAUCGCCAAUCCUGAUGGGUUCGAGUUCACGCAUACAGAUCAACGUCUGUGGAGAAAGAACCGUGCCGUCGGCUACAUGGUUGGUGACCUGUGCGCCGGAGUAGAUCUCAACCGCAACUUCGACGCUUUCUGGUCCACGGCAUCCAGCAACGUUGUCUGCAUGGACACUUUCCACGGGCGAGCUCCCUUCUCUGAGCCAGAAACCGCCAUCAUCAGGAAUAUCAUCGACGAACAUAAAGACCGAUUGGAACUGUUGCUCGACAUCCACAGUUUUGGAAGCAUGAUCCUAUAUGGUUACGGAAACGGUGUUCUUCCAGCCAACGGUCUGAAUGUAGGUUCCGCAUCAGGCGUCCGCAUGGCUCAAGAAAUCGACGCUGUUAAAAUGAGCUGGAACAGCAACUACAUAGUCGGUAAUGUUGCUCUGGUGUUGUAUCAAGCGUCAGGGUCAGCUAUGGAUUAUGCUAAGGUUGCUGGAGUACCGUUAGCGUAUACCUUUGAGCUGCCGGGUCAUAGAUAUGGUUUAGGAACUGGUGCUGGAUUCUUUGUGGAUCCAGAUUUUAUUGAGCAGGCUGGAUUUGAGACUUGGGAGGGCAUUAAGACAGGCGCUAGAAGUGCACUGGCGAUCUAUAGAACGAAGUUUGGUGCGAAAUAAAUUGUAAUACCUACUAAUUUAUUUAGUAUUUUUAUUUUAUUUACAACAACAACAACAAUAAAAGCAAUUCAUAUGAAAA